UCCAUACACCGACACACAACGAAUCGAAUAAUAAGCAACUCAUAACUAGCGUUCAAAGAUUGAAGACGUACCACCGGUACGGGUGAAGAGUUAUACAGACAACAGUUGGAAGUGAAUUUUCCACCAAAUCCAGUCAUUUACCAUUAGAAAAUCUAAUCCAAAAACAUGGGCUUCAAAUCGAAAGUGUUCAAAGUGUCAUUGUUCGUGGCGCUAGUGGCUGUACUGCCAGGUCUGCCACCGUAUCCAUCGUUCCCGUUCAAAGCAUUCAGCGUAACACCGCCGCGAAAGCUGGAAGGCAUCCUCGCACCCAACCAGCUUCUCAACAAUCCAGAACGUUGGCUCGAGAAUCAACUGGUAGCACCGGAAUCGAUCGUCGUUCGGGGCAAUACAACAUACGCUUCCAUGACCGGUGGGAAAAUCGUGGAGAUCACCAGCGACGAUCAAAUCCGAGUGAUUACCAAAUUUGGAGUUGAGUGCAAGGGUACCUACCAUGAACGAGAGUGUGGACGCCCACUUGGAAUAGCCUUCGACACCCAGGGUAACAACCUGAUCGUGAUGGAACCGUACUUCGGAGUCUACCAGGUUCAGAUCAAAACCGGCGAAAAAAAGCUCUUGAUCCCAAUGGACCAGAUCAUCGAAGGUGGUAAAGUAUCCCGGAAGCCUGGAAUUCCCGCGAACUUGGAAGUGGCGCGAAAUGGUGACAUCUAUUGGUCUGACAUGUCGUCGGAUUUCCGCUUCGAAGAUGGUAUGCAAGCGAUGUUGUUGAACCCAUCGGGUCGUUUGCUGCACUACUCACGAGCUACCGGCAAAAACCGAGUUCUGAUCGAUGAAGUCUACGGUGCAACCGGAGUCGCUCUCAGCAAAGACGAAAGUUUUGCUCUCGUCGCGGAGCUUGGGGGUCAACUGAUCCGAAGGUAUUACCUGAAAGGACCGAAAGCAGGAACCGACGACAUCUUCAUCGAUGGUCUACCAGGACAGGUCGAUAAUCUAGUCCAGGAUGAUACGGGUCUUUGGGCUGCUCUACUGAUUGCCGUAGACGAAAGUAAUCCAUCGCUGCUGGCCAAGUUGGCACCGUUCCCUAAUGUGAGGAAAUUCCUCGUUCGCUUGAUGAGCAUAGCGGAACUUCCGUUCGACUAUAUCUACCAGCAGACGGGAAGUCACCUUGCCCUGCGAGUGUCCAACUUCAUCGGGAAUUUCGAAAGUUUGGCGGCGCUAUACCCGAAACGUGGUACGGUUCUACGGCUGGAUUGGGAAGGCAACAUACUGGCAGCUCUGCACAGCGACGAUGGCCACACGAAUAUGAUUGACCACGCCGUGCAGAGUGGAGAUUAUCUACUGCUCGGGUCUCCCGUGCACAAUUCGAUUAGGAAGGUUAAGCUAACCGAAGAGGUGUUGAAGGUUGUGUCCCCUCCCGCAAGGAAGGUGCAGCCAAAGGUGGUGGUGGUGGAUUCGAAGAAGGAGAAACAAGCGGGACAUGAAGAGCUGUGAAGGGGUGAGGGAUGAGGAUAUAGGUUUGUCUUAGAAUUCGGGGUGAAUAAAAUUGCGAUUCAGGUUUGAAAAU